CGCCGCCGCUAGCAGAAAACAUUGGAAGAUGCAUCAAGGCAAGUAUGGCUGCGCCCAUUCUUAAGUGGAAGCGGGUCACUAAUACCACGGGUCUACAGCCCAGGCCGCGCCAUGGACAUCGUGCGGUGGCCAUUAAGGACCUGAUGGUAGUGUUUGGCGGCGGGAAUGAAGGAAUAGUGGACGAGCUGCACGUCUACAACACAGAGCUUGAUGCAUCAUCAUCUGGGUGAUAGUGAGGAUCCCGAUCUGAAUCAUCAUCAGCAUCCAAUCCAGUGAUUGUACCUGACACCCCGGAUGUUUCAGCCACCAACCAGUGGUUUGUACCCCCCGUGAAGGGAGAUGUGCCUCCAGGAUGUGCUGCGUACGGGUUUGUGGUGGAUGGAACCCGCAUCCUGGUGUUUGGUGGCAUGGUGGAAUAUGGCAAAUACAGCAAUGAACUGUAUGAACUCCAGGCAUCCAGAUGGGAGUGGAAGCGCGUCAAGCCUCGGCUACCCCGCAAUGGCCCCCCACCGUGUCCCCGCCUUGGCCAUUCCUUCACACUCAUUGGGAACAAAGUGUAUCUCUUUGGGGGACUUGCUAAUGACAGCGAGGAUCCCAAAAACAACAUCCCAAAGUACCUUAAUGAUCUGUACACACUGGAGCUGAGGUCCAACUCUAACGUAAUGUCCUGGGACAUCCCUGAUACUUAUGGCUCACCACCACCGCCGAGGGAAUCACAUACAGGCGUGGCAUACACCAGUAAAGACAAGCCCAAGCUGGUGAUCUAUGGGGGCAUGAGUGGCACUCGACUAGGGGACCUCUGGAUACUUGACAUAAGCACCAUGAAUUGGGAGCGACCAACAGUGAGCGGAGUGCACCCUCUCCCCCGCUCCCUGCACUCGGCCACGCUGCUCGGGCAUCGCAUGUUCGUGUUUGGUGGCUGGGUGCCUCUGCUGAUGGAGGAGGUGAAGGGACCCAUCAAUGAGAAGUCAGAGUGGAAGUGUACCAAUACCCUGGCUUGUUUAAAUCUAGAGACAAUGGCUUGGGAGGAUGCACUGAUGGACAAGUUUGAGGAGCAGAUGCCACGGGCAAGGGCUGGCCACUGUUCGGUUGGCAUCCACACCCGCCUCUUUGUGUGGUCAGGCAGAGACGGGUACAGGAAAGCCUGGAACAAUCAGGUGUGCUGCAAGGACCUCUGGUACCUGGAGACCAGCGUGCCAGGUUCCCCAGGACGGGUGCAGCUGGUGAGGGCUUCCACCUCGACCCUGGAAGUGUGCUGGGGUGCCACGCCCACUGCUGAUGCCUACCUUCUGCAGAUACAAAAAUAUGAUAUUCCAACUCCAGCCUCCACUGCAUCAACUCCCACCACCCCCACCAGCACCCCUGCCACCCCUGGCAUCCCUGUCAGCAAGCCCAUUACUCUCACCCAGACCGUGCUGCGGCCAGCCACCCCUGGGGCCCCCACCCCCCUUACACCUACCUCACCUCAGACAAUCAGAGCUGGCAGCAACAUAGUGCGUGUUCGGGCACCAGGGGCUGGCCAGAUUAAGGUGAUCGGUGCAGGAGGCCAGACCACACAAAUCCUGCGGCCAGCUACCGCCACCACCACCACUCAGAGUGGUAUGACUGGAAUUGCUGCCCUGGCUGCUGCUGCUGCUGCCACCCAGAAGAUCACCACCAGCACAGGGGCAGCUGCCACACCUACCACAGUGAAGGUGGUGCAGCCUAAUGCCUUGGUCACACCCCCAGGACUCAAGGUUGCCACUACCAUUGCCGGCCAGACUGUCAGACUAGUGGCACCUCCUGGCCAGUUUCUGAAUAACCAGGGAACAGCAGUAACACCUGGAGGCAAACAGUUCAUCCUGCAGAAAAGUGGAGUGCCUGGCUCACAGCCUCAGAUUGUUACCCUCGUCAAGACCAGCAAGGGCCUCACACCUAUGUCUAAAGUGAAUUUGGUGCAAAGCAAAGCUGGUGUUGCUGGACAGGGAGCAACCAUUGUCAAGCUGGUCACCACACAGGCUGGCGGGACUGGCAAGCCUGUCAUGACCACCACCACCUCACAGGCUGGACAGAUUCUUAGCCUCCCUGCAGGAACACAGGCUGCAGGCAAGGCCGUGGGUCAGGGCCAGAACAUUGUUAUCGCCAAGCAACAGCUGGGCACCACCACUGUAGGAGGAAAGCAGACAAUAGUGAUCACUAAACCUGGUGGGGGAGGACCCAGUGGAGUGAGGCCCCAGACCUCUCAAAUAAUUGUGGUCACAACAGCCUCAGCCAUGAGGGGCUUACAGCCAGCCGCCACCACCCCCAUCACCACGCCAGCAGGAUCACAGUCAGCACAGGUGUCUGCUGGUGGGGGUGUUAAGAUGAUUGUGGUGUCAUCUGGGGGUGUUGGAGGCACCACCACCACCCAGGCCAUCACCAAGCCCAUGACGAUCACUGUGGCAGGCCAGGCCGGCCAGGCUGGUGCCAACACCAAGACGGUCACCAUAGCUGCCAAAACUGGCACACCAAGCACCACAGCACUCCUCAACACGGGCUCAGGACAGAUUAUUGCAGUGCCAACACAAGGGCUUCUGCAGACUGGCCAACAAGCACUAACCAUUGGGGGAAAACCUGUAACAGUACAAGUGACAACGACUGGGGGCCAGAAGACUGUGACAUUGGUGACUUCCCAGGCCAGCAGCCAUGCCACCACCAGCACCACCAGUUCAGCCACGUCCAGCCAGCCCUCCACCUCCCUGGCCAGUGCUGGGGAUGGGCCAGUCACCUCUGAUGCUGCCCUUGCUGCUCUUGCUGCUGAGGCGGGUCUUAUCAUCCCCUCAGAAGGUGAUCAGAGUGAACAGGCGGCAGGAGCUGCAGCUGCACAAGAAAACACAGAAAACAGUGCAUUACAGAAUAAUAGUGAGGGUCAGCUUGGGGAGGGGGCAAAACAGGUACCCAAGACUGAACCUGGGGAGAGUGGGGAAGGGAAGCGGCAAGAGGGGAACAAUGCCAAUGCGGAUGGCAGUGAAAACACAAUAAAGCAGGAACCUGUGGAUCCUGAUGGAGUGACAGACCCAACCAACCCAGCAACAAGCAGCAGUGGCAGUGGGGAGGCUGGGGACACAACAGACCCCCUGGCCACCCUUGCCUCUGCUGCCAUCAACUCCUCCCUCAGCACAACUACACCCACCAUCAAGACAGAGGAGCCCACCCCAACCUUCACCAAUGGCCUCAACCAGGACACAAAUGGCGCCAAAAAGCCAGAGUGUGACUGGUUUGAUGUAGGCAUCAUCCGAGGCACAGUCUGCACAGUACAAGCCUACUACCUCCCCACCGAGGCCGAGGCCAUCAAGAAUGAGACCUACACGGACGCGGAGGGAGAGGUUACUGAGAGGAAAGCAAGCGGCAUUGAAGUGAAGCUGCAGCCUGGCACUGCCUACAAGUUCAGGGUGGCGGGGAUCAAUGCCUGCGGACGGGGACCCUGGAGUGAGGUCUCUGCCUUCAAGACCUGCUUGCCUGGCUUCCCUGGAGCACCUUCAGCCAUCAAAAUCUCCAAGUCAACUGAGGGGGCUCACCUCUCCUGGGAGCCACCUCAGAAUGCUGCCGGGGACAUCGUAGAGUACUCAGUCUACUUGGCCAUAAAGAAUGCUGGGAAUCAGCAGCAGGAGACUGGAAGUGGAGGUGCACAUCUUGCAUUUAUGCGAGUGUACUGUGGUGCCAGCAACCAGUGCACGGUGCUCAACACACAGCUGGCAGCAGCACACAUUGACACCACUAACAAACCUGCCAUCAUUUUCCGGAUAGCUGCCAGAAACGAUAAGGGUUAUGGCCCUGCCACACAAGUUAGGUGGCUACAAGACUCCGUGGUGGGCAGUGCAGCCGGGGGUCAGAAGGUGGUGAUGCGACGGCCGGCAGGAGACAACAGGUCACCCGUCGCAGUGAAGAAGUUUAAGGCAGAUGGAGAGCCAAUGCUAUAGUACUGACUGAGAGGAGUCGGCAGUCUCAGAUCCAUGGGCCUGCUUUAGAGAAUGUGAACUUGGCACCUUUGGUCAAGAUUUUCUCUGAAUAUCCAAGUGCCAAAGGUCAGGUUGAGGUCACUUGUGUUGAUGUUAAGAAGAGGCCCAAAUCCCAUGGUUGCAGGUGUCCAGCUCCUGGUAUGUAAUGGGGUAGGGGCUAGACUGCUGCGUGCAGGAAGGACUAGUUUUUAUGAUAUUAAGUAAGGAGAUUACGCUAAGUUGUCUCACACAGGAAAUAGAGAGAAUGGAAAAACAAUGACCCACUUUCUUGUGUUUGUUGGUAAGUGUUGCCUCCUGAUGAUCUGAACCAAAUAUAUGUUGCUAAGUGAUAAUGGGUCAUUGUGUCCCAUGACUUGAUUUAAUUUAUAAAAACUACUUUAAUGUACAUUUAAGGUCCAUCCAAACUGUUAAUUUCAUGUAAAUGUUUGUGUCCCAGCUCUGUAUCUUAGAAUAUAGAUAUUUAAAGGCAUUCAGUGAAUGCCCUAAACAUUGUUUUCCAAAGUUAAAAACUUUGUAUUGACAUUUAGUCUCCUGUCGUCUCCAUGUGACAUGGAGAAGACCCUCCCCUGUGACUUGCCUGUGCCUGGGAGCCACGGGGGUGUGACCCCCGCCAAGAGAGGAGCUCAGUGUUGCCAGCGUGGCCUUUGUGGCCAUGGCAACCAGCUGCCACCCAGCAGAGUAUUUUUUUCACAAGGUCAUCUCAUGUCACCUCAUUACUCAUCUGUAAAAUACAGGGCCUCCAAAAAAUUUGUAAUUAUGGAUAGUUCAUAAUUUCAAUGGAAAUUUAUUUUCUCUGCAGCAGAUCACAGCAAACUGUCAAUUGCUAAUUUCAUGAUUAUGCAUUUGGCUAUGUCACAUUGCGUAAAUGUUCCAUUGUAGAUACCAGUCCCUGUUGAAUUGCUUAUGGACUAAGGAAUCAAUUAAUCUCAUUUUUGUCUAUAUUAAGGUUGGCCAAGCAGCCCCUUUUGGAUUGAGUUUGUAAAUGAUUAGAAGGGCCACGAGUACAAAGGUGUGUGGUGCGGCGGGUGGUUGGCCCUGGUGUGUGCACACUCUCCACCCUCUUCCAGGCUUCUCCAUGCCUCAUGUCAAGGCUGGCUCACCAACCUUCCAUGUUCACAGCUUUUUAUUUUUUUCCCCUUAUUUUAAUAUAGUUUAGCACAGAAAUAUAUUUUGUGUGUACAUGUAUGCACAUGAUUGUAUGAAUGUUGCGUAUGAGAUGAUGAGUGUAUGAUAUGUAUAUAUGUACACACGUUCAUUGCAUGAAAUGGAAGCUAUAUAAUUGCACAUAGAGGUGUAUACACACACACACACACACACACACACACACACACACACACACACACACACACACACAGUGGGACCAUAAAACUAGUAUGUGAAGAGAAUGAAAAUACAUUUUAUUUGAUAAAAGUAUCUGCCUACUUUUUCCCAUUAGUUUCUUUCCAAUAUGUCUUAGGAUAAGUUGGUAUAUUUUAACUAAAUAGCUUGAAUAUUAUUUACAUUAAGGUAGUUCUCUUUCUUUUCUUAUAAAAGCAGCUGUAGAAAACUAUGGUUGACAAGACUGGCGAUGAUGUAAACACACACACACACACACACACAUGCACUCACUCACUCACUCACUCACUCACUCACUCACUCACAAACUCAAAUACAUAUUCACACAUGCAUGCAUGCACACACACACACACACACACACACACACACACACACACACACACACACACACACACACACACACACAC